AUGCAUUCGACCUUACAGGUGCGAGAUCGCAGAAACCAGGGCUUCGUCAUUUCUGGCGAGAGCGGCGCCGGAAAGACGGAGACGGCCAAGAUCGUGAUGGAGUACUUGGGCUAUGUUUCUGGAUCUUCCAACGAGAUGACGGCGCAAAUCCAGCGAAGAGUGCUGCAAGCACAGCCCAUUCUGGAGUCCUUCGGGAACGCCGUUACCAUGAGGAACAACAACUCCUCCCGCUUUGGAAAGUACAACCGCAUCUUCUUCGACGAGUCCGGCGCGCUCGUCAGUGCUUCCGUGACCACCUACCUGCUGGAGAGCUCGAGGGUUGUCUCGCACGGCAAGCACGAGCGCACCUAUCACUGCUUCUACGAGAUGCUUAGUGGGCUGGCCGAUGAGGAGCUGACAAAGCUGCAGCUGGAUCGGAACGAGCCCUACCUCCUCCUGCAUGGAGAGGAGGUCGAAGAUGAAGAUGAUGACUGGCAUGCUCAGUUUGAGGACCGCGACCAGAAGCACUUCGACCGGCUUUGGUUCGCAUUGGCCGAGGUCGGCUUCAGUGAGCAGGACAUCAAUGCCAUCUUCCAGGUGCUGGCCGGCCUGGUCCACCUCGGGGACCUCUCGGACGCGGAGCGGGACGAAGAAGACGUGACGUCCGUUGUGGAGCUCGACGAUGAGAUUCUGGAGAAGGCGUCCCGUCUACUCGGCUUGGAUGACGAGGAGCUGGGCAUGGCGUUGCAGCGUCGGAAGGUGCGGGUGAAGCAUCCGGGCCGGGAAUCUAUCACGGAGGUCCCCCGGACCACCUCGCAGUUUCGGCACGCCCUCCACAGCCUCAUCAAAGCGCUGUACAAGCGGCUCUUCGAGCGGCUGGUGCAGCGCAUCAACAGUUCCUUUCGUGAGCUAUGCCCGCGUGAACGUUGUGAGGAAGAGCCCUGGUGUGAGAUUGGCAUCCUGGACAUCUACGGAUUCGAGCGCCUGGAGCGCAAUUCCUUUGAGCAGCUCUGCAUCAACCUGGCAAACGAGCGGCUCCAACAAUAUUUUGUGGAGAACGUCCUGGUGGCAGAGCAGGCCCUCUACCGUCGGGAGGGCCUCUCAUGGCAAGGCCUUGCGGUACCGGAUGCGACGCCCGUCGUCUCCGCUAUCCUCCAGACCUUCCGGACACUUGAUGAGUACAGCCAGCAGCUCGCAAUGGGCUUCGAGCGCAUGUCAGAUGAGGGCUUCUGCCAGAAAACCGUGGAGGACGCUUCGAAGGACCUCCGUCGGCGGGAUGUUCUGAGGCAGCUCAAGCUGUCCAACCGCCGCGGCAGCGGCUCUCAUCUUUCCGUGAGCGAGGGCUUCCUGGUGAAGCACUAUGCCGGCUGGGUGGAGUACACCACCAAGGGCUGGUUGGACAAGAACAACGACCGCCUGCUCCCGGAGUGUGAGGAGCUGAUCUGUGACUCGUUCUUGCCUUUUGUGGCUUCCCUGGGCGAGGAGGACCCGGGCAAGGUGCCCUUCCGGUCCAUCAGCAAGAAGUAUUGCACUGACCUGGAGUGCCUCCUCGAAACGCUGAACACCUGCCAGCUCCACUACAUACGUUGCUUCAAGCCGAAUGGUGUGCAGGAGCCGGGCAUCUUUGACCAGAGCCUCGUGCUGGAUCAGAUCAUCCAGUGCGGUACCAUCGAGCUGGUCCGGAUCAUGCACGACGGGUAUCCCAACCGCUGUCCCUUCGACGAGAUCCUGGGCCGCUUCAGGAGCCUCUUGCCGGAGAGCUUCCAGCGCUACGGCAUGCGCACGUUCAUCGAGGCCCUGAUGUUGGCCUACGACGUGCCGAACGAGGACUGGGCGCUGGGGGUGUCGCGGCUCUUCCUGAAGGCCGGCCGUCUCAAAGCCUUGGAGGACCUGCGCUCGGAAGGCGCCGUCCCAGAUCCAGAAGUUCUCCAGCGAAUCGCCAAGGGCAUCGUGCGGAAGAGGUGGAUCCGGGCAAUCCACGCGGUGCAGCUGUGCCUCUACCUGCCGAAGCUGCUCGAAGAGAUCCGCGCUGUUCGGGCCUCUGCAGCGCUCGCCACCUCCGCACUGCUCAUCGGCCGGCUGCAGCCGCUGCUCACAACGGCCAGGGAGCGCCUCGUCCAGCGCCGGCUCCGCGCGCGGAGGCGGCUGCGGGCAGCGGCCUGCGCCGUGCGCCUGGCGAUGCGGAUCAUGGCCGAGGUGCGCCUGCAGCGCAUGCAGAAAGCCAUGCGGAAAUGGUGGCUACUGCGCUCAAGGUUGGAGACGUGGCUGACAGACAGGGCCGAGGCUCUCCUGGAGGAGGAGGAGCGUCGCAGGGAGGAGGAGCAGCAAAGGGCAGAGGAGGAAGAGCGCCAGCGAGUUGAAGAGGAGCUGCGCAGAGCAGAGGAAGAAGAGCUCCGCCGGGCGCAGGAAGAGGCGCAGCGCCAGGCAGAGGAGGAAGAGCUUCGCAGGGCUCAGGAAGAGCAGCUUCGGAGAGCAGAGGAGGAGAGGCUCCGCAGGUUGCAGGAAGAGCUGCUUCGCCAGGCAGAGGAGGAGGAGCUUCGCAGGGUGGAGGAAGAGCUUCGCAUGGCGGAGGACCAGGAGCGGGAGCGAGAAAGAGAAUUGGAGCGCCAGAGACACGCAGCAGAGCUCCAGCACCAGCAGGAGCGUGCGCGAGCGCGCAUGGAAGCGGAAGAAGCGCUCCGUCUUCGAGAGGAGCAGUUGCUUCAAGCGCGCGAGGAACCCGGAGACCGGUCCUCUUCAGAGCCCCUGGAGUCGGAGCCGGAGACGCCCCGGGAAGGGGAUGCCGGCCUCGAUCAUGAGAACGAGGCAUCCGAGGAGCCAGAGGAGGAGCACCAGGAAGACGAGGAAGAGGAGGAGGAGGAGGAGGAAGAAGAGGAGGAGGAAGUGGAGGAAGAGACAGAGGAGGAGCAAGGAGACAGGAGUGAAGCUCGCGAGGCGCGGACGAGGGAAGAGCGCCAGACGUUUCCGGAUGCAAAGCACGCUGGGGAGGAGAGGGAAUGA